AUGCUUGAUAAAAUAGCAAAAGUCAUCUGCUACUCGAAGCCUCAGAUGUGGCCGUUUAUCCUUCAGCUUAUACGUUCUAAUAUACGCUAUGUAGCAUUACCAUUUGCUGCUGUUAUUGGAUUUGUUGGAUUCAAUGCUGAAAGUUGGUUACGUAGUCCUGAGGAGAUAUCAAGUUCAAUUCACAAUCCUAAACAAACCAUCUCAGAAGCACGUACACAACGUCAGCUAGUGAAUGAUUUAAAUACUUUUAAAAAUGCUGUACACCUUCUCCUGAUAGUGAACUUCGAUAUCAUAGCGACCCUAUUUUCGAUAAGAAUAAAUGAAUAUAGCUGGUUAAAUCUUGUAGAAAAAAAUUUCCAGUUAUUUACUAUGUUUUAUUUUAGGCCAAACCCUAUGAUAAAUAUUUGUACAUAGUGAUGAUAUACUUGUUCAUUUUUCAUUAUUGUUCAUUAUUAUAAAAGCAUUAGAACCAAAUCACAUGAAGUAGGAGCAAAUCAUUAAUAUAGGUGCUAGCCUUUCAGUUAGUGUGCGGUCGAGGUUCCAAUUCCGUUCCACUCAUUGACGUUUGGAUAGCCGGAUGUCAUUAGUCGUAAUAUUAGACUCCUUACAUUUUUGGAUGGUUCCUACUUAAAUAUAAACACAAAAAUAUAUAAGUUUGCAUUCUCUGUAACUAUUCAACUAUAGUAGUCAACAUUUAAUUAUUACAAAAUACGAAACAGAAUCAUUUCCAAUCCAGUUUUUCUCAAUAUGACAGUGCUCUUCUCUUGCAUUACGAUCAUACUUUAAAGGUGUACUGUGAAUUAUUCACUCGUCGGUUUAAAGCUUAAAUCAAUUUGCUUUAUAGCAAAAAUCAUAUAAAUGAAUGCUGAAAUAAAGAUUGUUAGUAUGAUCGA